AAACGGACUACAUCGAACGGGACGUAACGGGGUUUUGAUUUUUUAUGAAAAAUCUCGUACAUAAUAUUUUCAUUGAUCGCUACCAAAAUAAACGUGAACGGAAAAGGGAAAGAAAAAUUCGUAUGUCGGAUCGCGGAACCACCGCUACGAACACUGCGCGCGGUGAUUCCUGAACAGAUUUACAAGUUUGUGAUUGUUAAAUGGCGGAUGUGUCAGGUCCCGAGAGCGGACGAAAUGUUUGUGUAAAGAGUGCCUGAACCCCUCGGAUUCACUGCUGGGAUGCUGCAAAUCUCCGGGUCGCGCGCUCGGCCGGCUCGGUGAUGGCGCGCCGAUGAGCCGGCUGCUGUGCUGCCUGCGCGCCUCCCCCGACAUGGGCGCGGCGCUCUCGCACCCGGGCGAGGUGUGCGACGCCCGCCCGCCCGGCGCCCUGCCCGCCCCGCCCGACCCGCCCACCAUGGCCGACGUCAUCCGCGAGCGUAAGAAGAAGGCGGGGGGCGCGGCGCUGGGCACGCUGAGGCGGCGGCUGGCGGCGGCGGCGCGGCGCGGGCGCGAUGCGCGCGCCGGGGGCUGCGAGCACGCGCGCUUCAUCCGCGGCGUGGUUGGCGCGUGGCGGCUCGGCGACGUGUUCGCGCUGUGCGAGCAGCUGGAAGGCGGCGCGGCGCUGCGCGACCUGGUGACGCAGGCGGAGCUGGCGCGCGAGCCCGCCGCCGCGCUGCGCCAGGACCUGGCGGCCGCGCUGCGCGAGCGCCGGCGCUGCGACGUGGAGCUGGUGGGCGCGGGCUGGGCGCUGGCGGCGCACCGGGCGCUGCUGGCUGCGCGCUGCUCGUACUUCCGCGAGCUGCUGGCGCGGCACGGCGGCGCGCGCGUGCCGUUGGAGGGCGCGGCGGCGGCGCUGUCGCGGGAGGAGGUGGAGGCGGUGGUGGCGGCGCUGUACGGCGGGGCGCCCCCGCCCGCGCCUGGCACGCUGCCGCGUCGCUCCGUCUGCGCCUCCUGCUCCGAGUGGGAGCGCGGCGGGGGCUCCGAGUCGGAGGGCGGAGAGGGGUGCGCGUGCGGGCGGCGCGUGGCGGCGGCGCGGCUGCGGAGGCUCGGCGAGCUGCUGGGCUUCUCCGCCGACGCGCUGGCGCGGGACCUGCGCCGCGCGCUCGAGUCGGGCGCGCACGCCGACACUCGCCUGUGGUGGGCGGGCGCCGGCGCCGACUGCGGCUUCGUGCGCGCGCUCGAGCUGCCCUGCCACCGCGUCGUGCUGGCGGCGCGCUCGCGCUUCUUCCGCGGCGUGCUAGCGCGCGCGCGCCCCGCCGUCUGCGUGGACGAGCACGUGCUGCCGCGCCGGUUCGCGCGCGCGCUGCUGCACGCCGCCUACACCGACCAGGUGGACCUGUCGCUGGUGGGGCGCAGCUCGUCGCCGACCGCCGCCUCACCCCCCGCCGCCCCGCCCGCCGCGCCGCCACCCGCCCGGGGCUCCACCAUCGCCAUGCUGGACGACGCCUUCCAGCUGUACGAGAUUGCGAGGUUUCUGGAGAUGCCGAUCGUGGUGCAGGGGUGCGAGGACGCCAUCGUGCGCGCCCUGUCCGCCGACACGCUGCCGCACGUGCUGCGCUGGGCGGGCGGCGCCCACGCUAGCGCCUGGGUGCAGCGCCAAGCCGCCCGCUACCUUCGCGACGAGUUCGUCGCCGUCAUGGCCGGGCCGGCCGCCGCGCGCCUGCCCCGCGCCGCCCUCGCCGACGCCCUCGCCUCGCCCUUCCUGCAGGCCUCUGAGCCGCAGGCCCUGCGCGCCCUACUGCGCUGGGCCGAGCGCGCCGCCGCCGCCGCCGCUGCCGCCGAGCCCAACGUGGUGUGGCACACGCGCGGCCGCCGCGCGCGUGCCGCCCGGCCCCCCGACGGCGGCGUGCGCGCGGCGCUGGCCGGCCUCGCUCCGCUCGUGCGCACCGAGCACGUGCCGCCCGACUGCGACGCGCUGGCGGCGGCGGCGCGGCGCGGCCUGCUCGCCCCCGCGCCGCCCGCCGCGCCGCGCUCGCCCGACGCCUGGCUCGGCCGCGGCGCAUACCGCCCGCCGCGCUGCUUCCUGCCCUACCUGGACGAGCUGAAGGCGCUGCUGGCGGACCAGGCGCCGCCACCGGAGGGCGCGGCCCGGCGCGCGCGCUACCUGCAGCGCAUCCCCGACACGCUGUACAUGGUGGCGGCGGCGCGCGAGCGCGGCGCGGGCGCGGCGGGCGGCGUGCCGGACGCCGUGCGCGCGUGCGUGCCCGCGCCCGUGCGGCAGGCGCUGCGGGCGCGUGCGCGGGAGCUACGCGCCUCCAGCACAGCGGCGCGCGCGCUGGCGCUGCACGCGCCCGACACCUCGCCGGUGCUCCGCCAGAUCGCGCUGCGGGCGGUGCGAGAGAUGUCGCUGCCGGACGAGUGCGCCGACCUGCUGCUGUCCGAGCCCGACCCCGCGGAGGAGCGCGAGGGCUCGUCGGAGUGGAGUGCGGGGUCGGAGUGGGGGGCGGGGUCGGAGUGGGGCGGCGUUUCCGCGGAGUGGGGCGGGGCUGAGGGCGGGGCGGGGGCGGAGUGCUGCCGCGCGGGCUCGGUGCGGUGCGCGUCGGCGGGCAGCGCGCGCUCGCUGCCCCGCGUCCGGCCGCGGCCCCGCCUGUCCGCCGCCGUGCCCGACGUCGCCAUGGCGCCCAACGCCAACACGCACCUGCUGUCCGCCCGCGAGCAGAUGUACGCGGCGGGCGGGGCGCGGGCGGGGCCGGCGCGCGCGCCCCCGCCGGAGCCCGCGCCGCUGCCGGAGCCCGGCGGCCUGCAGCUCGACCUCGGCGACGGCGCCAUGCACACGCCCCGACCCGGAUCUCGUGCGCAGCGCGCGGCGCGGCGCGAGCUGCCGACGGCGCGGGAGGCGCGGGAGGUGCGGCGCGGGGGGGAGCGGGGCGGCGGCGGGGAGAGGGGCGGGGACGACGACGAGCUGCGAGCCGCGUACGAGCUCUCCGCCAGAGUUUACGGCGGCGGCAGCAUCCGACGUCUGCCGCGACCCGCCGACCUGCUGCCCGACGAGUACGGCAUGCGGAGCCGCGCCAGCCCGAGCCCGUCCGCGCUGAGCGUCGCCGGCAGCGGGUCCCUGUCCCUGGGCGGCGGGUCGCUGGCGCUGGGCGGCGGCGCGCUCUCCCUCAGCGGCGGGGAGCUGCGGCUGGGCGGCGCGGCGCUGACGCUGGGCGGGCAGCGCCGCCUCGACAGGCACACGCCGCCGCCGAGACAUCCACGCGGCGGCGGUGUCGGCGUUGGCGGGGGGCGCAGCCCGAGCCCUCGGCGCAGCCCCCGCGCGCUCUCCGCGCUCUACUCGCCGCACCACAGUCGCGGCCACAGCCCGAACUACGCGUGAGACGGGAUGACAGUGAGUGAGGGUGCGGCGCGGGGAGAUGGUGUUGGACAAUUGUCGAGAGCGAUGACGCUCACGGUGUUCAGGAGAAGUGACACGUCAGAGGCGGGCUGUAGCGUCACCGCCGCGAGCCCGUUGCGCCGUAUGUUGUAGCGCGAGCGUGUCGUCGCCACGUUUGUACAGUCAGGACACGUAUAGCAGCUAGACUACGAUUUGUUCGUAUUCAAAUAUGUCACCAGUUUUUGUAAGGAUAAACUAUAGCGGCCGGUCGUAAGAUUUUAAAUAGACGGGUAUGAAAGAGCGCCCACGUGUAGCCCACGUCGAUCUGUGUUCGCAGACAACGUCAACGACAACAGUUCGAUUGCUAUCAGUCGCUGAAGAGUUACUGUAUUAGUGCUCUACUCACCGAUCAAUUAAUAACAUGACUGUGUGAAUGCAGUAUUCGAGUAGUUCAUUCAUUGUGUACCUUGAGUCUUGGUGUUAUAUUAUACGGCGAGUAGAGUGUUGUGUCGAGGGAACAGAGUUUGAGUUUCAAAUGUGUAUCGGCUGCUAUACAUGAUCCUUGAGUGUUGACUGUCGCGCCGGUGUACAGUUGUAUAUAAUAUAGUUACGUCGUCGCCCAGCGCCAUUGCCGCGAGAUCACAGACUAAACUAAGACCUAUUCCAAUUAAUUUUGAUCUGAAUACAAAGCUCAGCCAUGAUGCUAUUUAUUUAAAUAUUAUGCAUAUAACGCAUAUGUAAUAAAUACAAUAACACAUUAAUUUAGCUAAGUUCAGUGUUUACUAUGAGAGUUGAGACGAAUGAAUUGCAAGAGAGUUACUGUCGCUCCCGCUUUCAAUAAAAUAUUCACAUAGUGGAUAAGCUAUACAAUGUCUUGUCAUCAUCAGAUAAGUUAUAAAGUCACUCGACAUAUUACAAGGUCAAACUUUGUAUAGCUAUUUAUUUUGUAACAUUUUAUUCGGAAGGGGUUUAUUAUAGUCUAUAAUCCGUCUGUCGAGUUCGGCGAUGACGCUGGGGCGGCGGCGUGUUGUAACUUGUAUAUAAGUUAGUAGCGGUAGUCUGUACAUAGGUACACUCCAGACCCGAACGUUUCUGCACAAGUCGGUAUACACUAUAUGUAACAGUCCGGUAAAUAUAUAGUUAACGAUAUUUUUGUUAUUCACGUAACCGAGAGGCCGAUACCAGGACGCCGAUGAUGGUAAUGACACGACUCGUGGCGCGCGUAGAAGGGGAUCUAGACAAAUUGAGUCCGCAUACAGAACUUAAAUUGACAAAGCUUCCAAAUAAAAAAAAAGACUCGUUUACAGAGUUACUGGCUUAUCUUGCGACGAGAAUGUGUAGUAUCUGCUGUCCAAUGUCUGUUGCUUGCCUGUCGUAAGAUACGUAAUCAUCCUGCCGGCUUGCUACACUGUCUUGCCAAGAUGAAUAUGCGACAUAAACGUACGUAGAUUUUUUGAUCUCGAUCCCCUUGUAUGUGAACGCGCUACAACCUUCGAUCUGCAUUACACAGUAAGAUGUAACAUUAUGUAUAAGGUAAGCGAAGCGGAAGCGAAGUAUAUACUGCUGCCAGAAUGUACCCCCUGUAAUCUGUAAGCGCAACCGACGAGCACAGAGUAUGACGCAAUAUCUGAACUCCCUCGUUGGCCGAGGUGCGUUCACAUAUCCGCAUAGCACGCAUCGAACUAUACAAUAUGAACGGGUUGGAUUUUAAUUUAAAUAUUUAAUUUUAACUUAGUCUCAUACUGUACUGACGAAAGACCCAGCAAUGUGUAUAGUUUAGAAAUCAGAAUAUAUCAUGCGAUAUGUGAACGCUUAUUUUUAACCGUCGAAUGUAAGCGGUUGCCGGAAUGAGUAAUGACCGGUUUAUAAAACGAGAACCUUGUCAUCUCUGUAACAAGGUACACCGACAUAUCGGCGACCGUAUAAUCAAUAAUGAAUUGUCACUCGCAAAGAUGAACUUUCAAUAUUUAAUUGACAAGACCGGCGCGGUGUCGGAAGCUGAUGAGUGAUGACGUCAUACCGCUAUAUACGUAAACGCCUGGACCACUGGUGGGCGCCACUCGCGGCCAGAGCGAUGAUCGAUAUGAAUUUAAGGUCAAAAGAUACAAUAUACAAACCUUAAAUACUGGACAGUAACUCAGUUGUUUUCUCGAAAUAUAAUUUCGUCCAACAAAAACAAGUUUAACCACGCUCGAUGCUGCAUCCUUCUGCUCUAUAAAGUUAUUUGGAAUCGUGCCUCUGUGUAACUCGAUUCGGGCGGUAGUGUGAAUGUAAUGCGUCAGUACUAUAAUUGAAGAUGCAGCUUUUUGUCAACAUCGACAAUAUUAUAAACACAAAUAUUGUCUUAUUUAAUCUGCCGAUCCAAAAAUCACCGAUUUCCAAACAUUUUACAUAAAAACUCCGUCUGUUGCAAAUACUGAUUUCAUUUAGGUCAGUAGAUUUCGGUUUAUUGGUAAAAAGUACAAAAAGGCCAUAGUUACACACAAAAUAUGUAACGUGCAGAGUUCUGGACGCGAGCGGCUCUGGCGUCACGCGCGUGCGGCGUGCUCGUCGCGGGGUGAUGAUGAUGUGUUCGUAGCGCGGCGGGCCAGGUUUGGCCACGACCAAGUAUGUACAUAUACCUGUAUAUAAUAUGUCAUUGUUUAAUAAACUAUGUUGAUAAUUAAA